AUGAGAUUACGUCUAAUAAGCGCUAUGUUUUCAUCAUCUCCCUCCUAGGUCUUAACGAGCAGAGUGGGAUCAGCACUCAACAUUAAGCUCAACAGACCAAGUCAAUUGAAUGCCCUCAAUUUGCCAAUGAUUGCUGAACUUAAUUAGAUCCUGGAUCAAGCCAAUUCAGCAUCCUGCAUCAUUUUGAGUGGAGAAGGAGGCAAGGCCUUCUGUGCUGGUGGCGACAUCAAGACAUUAUAUUUUGCAAAGACUCAACCUUCUGAAUAAAAUCCCCCAAGUGCAUUAAAAUAGUUCUUUUUUGAUGAAUACAAAUUGGAUUACAGAUUGGCAACACUCAAACCAGUACUAGUGGCCUUGAUGGACGGAAUAGUAAUGGGAGGAGGAGUAGGAAUGUCAAUCCAUGCACCUGUUAGGAUAGCUACUGAAAAGAGCGUGUUUGCUAUGCCAGAAGCCAAAUUGGGAUUAUUCACAGAUGUAGGAGGAGGAUACUUUCUCUCCAGAUUACCACACAGAUUAGGCUAUUAUUUGGGUUUGAGUGGAUUCAGAUUGAAGGGUGCUGACUUAGUGCAUGCAGGAUUGGCUGACUUUUACGUAUAAUCAUCCGAAUUACAAAAUUUGAUUUCCAAGAUUGGUACUGUCUAAACCUAAAAUCUCAACGAUGUCAAGAACAUUGUCAAACAAUUCUAACCAAACCAAAUACCAGAAUUCACUAUCAAACAACAAUUAUAGAACAUUGAACCAGGAUAUUCAGGAGAUAGUUUGGAAUAAUUAUUCAAAAAUCUAUAAAAUCAUCAAAAUUAAAAGUUUGGACAAGAUAACUUAAAGUUAUUAAAGGAGUAAUGUCCACUAUCUUUGAGGAUCAUAUUUGAAUAGAUUAAAAGAGGUUAAAAACUUGAUCUUAGAGAGAAUUUGAAGAUGGAUUAUAGAAUUGUUAGAAGAAUUAUGUAAGGAACUGACUUCUUCGAGGGAGUGAAGUAGGUCUUAGUAGACAAAAAUCAUGUUCCGACUUGGUAAUUCAAGGAUGCAUUGACGAUUCCAUAAUCCGAGGUUGACAAAUAUUUUGCAGUCCUUGAGAAUGAAGAUGAGCUUGAUAUUUGAGAUUUUUUAUAAUAAAAUUAUUAGUAUAUCUUAUGUGUUGA